AUCUGAGGAAGUGACAACUAUAUGACAACAUUAAUCCGUCUACUUGACAAAUUAAUUUCUGAACACAGUUAAUACCAAUACAAUUUUAUUAAAAACAAAUUCUCCAUGUCUAAGUAAUGCGUUAAAAUCAACAUUUUGUCAAACAUCAAUCGCUAUCAUAUUCUAAGCACCGUCAUUAUCCCCCUUAUGUGUUUGGCAAACAAAAUUUCCGUAUCUGACGUUGAAAAAUGAGCGUAAAUGAGUCCGGCUGUGUCUUCCAAUUUUCUUGAGAAAUGGAAGAAGUCAACCAUUGGACAACUGUUGUGAAAUGUAACCUUUGUGGAGAGAUACCGAGAAACGCCCCUUUGUACCAUUGCCCUCUGCAGCAUCAAUAUUGCAUCGAUUGUUACACGGAUCUUAAGCGUAGGUACAGGGGCUAUCUUAAAAGUGGAGCUACUUGUGUCAUUUGUAAGAUUUCUGGGGUGUUCACUCAGAGCAACAUAAAUACGCAUUUUUUGAAUAAGAUUAAGGCCAAACCGGGGAUCGGAAGACCGUACAGGUACAAUGCUAAUCAGAUAGUCAGUGGAAAAGGAUGCACUAACAACUUUAGCAGAAUAGAAACUAAAGAACAAGACAGAGAAAAUAUAACAAUAGAAGGUUUAUUCCAGCUCCCAACUGAAGAUUUGAAACGACUUUUAGGCAGAAAGAACGGUUAUAGUACCCCGUUUACCACAAAAGAACCACAACCAUUAGGUAUAAUUCCUAAAGCAAACUCUCGCAACUUACCCUCCCAUCAAUCGAAAAUCCCCAUAAAGUGUCCUCACAAAUUUUGCAAGAAAGUAGUGGCACCUUCAACGUUCGUUACCCAUUUCAAACAUGAACAUUCAACCAUUCCUAAAUACUCAGUUGAAAGAGGCAAAGAAUUGUGCAUUCCCUGCGACGUUUCCAUUAUAGAACACUACAGUAACUUUUGUCUAGCUAUGAUUACAGUGUACGAAUUCAACAAAAUUGAUGUGAAACACUCCCACAGCUCGCAGAGCGUUAUUAAAACCUGCGGGAAAUUCAGCCAACAGGUCCCCAUAGAUUCGUUUUGGCUCAUGGUGACUGGAUCUUCGGAGAGAAAACCGAACGUUUCUAGCGCCAUCUAUUGGAUGUUCUGUCCUUCGGAAGAGAGGUAUCAAAUCACCAUAGAGCUGUGCUCGAAGCACGACUCUAUUUCUCUAUCGACAUUCUGCGAAGUUCACAACUCGUGUCAGAAAUUGAAAUUUAAUGAUAUAGCCAGUUGUCUGCAUUGUUUACUCGUGAGCCAGGCUUCUUUCGGCGCUUUGCUACAGGAAGGACCGGAACUAAACUUAAGAAUAACUAUACACUAAUGAAAAUAAUUAAAUUAUUGUACCUGUAAAUGAUUUUAAAUAUAUGCUAUGCUUUAAAAGGGGUUAUGGACGUUUUAAAAGUAGGUUAUAAACGAAUUACGGCUCCUGCAAAUUAGUUGUUUUUAAAAAUGCUCUAAAGGUACCUCAAAACGUUGUAAACAUCUUUUUAAAAUACCUUGUAUAAAUAAAGGAUUUAAUGCGUAAAUAAAAGAAAUAUUUAUUGUGGA